GGUUAUAAACAUGGCCAUGUUGUAAAAACUGAGCCCACUAUGCGACACAUAUAUAGCAUCCUUUCCAGUCAGUAUGAUCCACUUGGAUUCAUCACCCCAUUUACCACUAGAGCUAAGAUCAUAGUCCAGAGGCUCUGGGACAAAAAAAGAGAAUGGGAUGACCCUGACCUGCCCACUGACCUCAAAAAUGCAUGGCUCACAUGGGAAGAUGAGCUUCCACAACUUUCCUGUGUCACACUGCCCAGAUGCUACACUACAAAGGUAGAUCCAUUGACCAGCUCAAGAACUGUGCACACCUUCUGUGAUGCCUCAGAGCGAGCGUAUGGAGCUGUAGCCUAUCUCCGCACGGAAGAUAGCAAAGGACAGAUAGAGGUGUCAUUCUUGGCAGCUAGAUCGCGAGUAGCUCCAAAGAAGCAGCAAACAAUUCCCCGACUUGAGCUAUGCGCUGCUUUAACUGGAGCACAAUUGGCAGCAGUUCUGAAAAGAGAGCUCACACUGGACAUCAGCAGUUUCAGAUACUGGACUGAUUCUACAACCGUUCUCAACUGGCUUCAAUCAGACUCAUGCCAUUUUAAAGUGUUUGUAGGAACGAGAGUUGCGGAGAUUCAAGAGCUAACUGAUUCACAUUUAUGGUCCUAUGUGCCCUCACAAGACAACCCUGCUGAUGAUAUUACUCGUGGCCUGUCACUGGCUCAGCUAGCUGAACCUACCCGCUGGAAGAAUGGCCCAGAAUUUUUGCAAAAACCUCUAUCGUCUUGGCCCAAAAUGCCCAAUCUGGAGCCAGCCGACACUUCAAAGGAACUGCGUAAACCAGUAUCCUUCCAUCUAAUAGCUCAGGGUGACCAGCAUUCAGUCAUUGCAUCUCAAUUUGACAACUUUCAAGAGCUUGUAAAUGCAACUGCCAGAUCCCUUCACGGGGCGGCCAGUUCCACAGACACUGUCACUGCUGACACGUAUAAGAAAGCCGAGCUCCGAAUUAUUCAACAGUCUCAAAUGGAGAGUUUUCCUGAUGAAUAUGCUCAGCUUCAAGCAGGGAAGGCCAUCUCCUCAAACAGUCGUCUAAAGACAUUAGCUGCCGAAUUUGAUUCUGACACGCAACUGAUUAGAGUUGGUGGACGACUCCGAAGAUGUCACCUACUGAGUCCUGACAUUCUUCACCAAAUUGUCCUAGACCCAGUCCAUCCAGUGACUAAACUACUAAUUCAGCAGUACGAUGCACAGCUCCAUCACCCUGGUACUGAAAGAGUCUUUGCUGAAAUCAGAAGACGCUUCUGGAUCUUGAGAGGUCGUCAAGCAGUAAGAUCUAUUCAACAUCACUGUACUGAAUGUCAAAGGUGGCGUGGCAAGCCCAAUAUACCUAAAAUGGCUGACUUGCCUCCUUCCAGUUUAAGACUCUUCCAACCAGCCUUUUACUCUACAGGCAUGGACUGUUUUGGCCCAUUUAUCAUCAAAAUUGGGCGCCGGAACGAGAAACGCUGGGGUAUAAUUUAUAAAUGUUUGACCACAAGGGCAGUGUACAUCGACCUUCUCUCUCAAGCUGACACAGACUCCUUCCUCAUGUCUCUACGUCGAUUCAUCGCCCGUAGGGGAAAACCUCAUGAGGUGUGCUCUGAUCAAGGUACUAAUUUCAAGGGUGGAGAUCGUGAGCUUAAGGAGGCCUUCAACAAUAUUCACCCUCAGUUACAAAGAGAACUUGCCAAGCAACAGAUUGACUUCCAUUACAAUCCACCAAACUCCCCACAUUUCGGAGGAUCCUGGGAAAGAGAAAUCAGAUCUCUUAAGGCUGCACUGUACACAACCAUUGGUGUGCAAACUGUCACAGAGGAAGUGCUCAGGACUGUCCUUGUUGAAAUUGAAGGAAUUCUAAAUUCAAAGCCAUUGGGAUACGUAUCCUCAGAUGUAGCUGAUCCUGAUCCAAUAACCCCUAAUUCUCUCUUAAUGGGCAGACGAGACUCUGCCUUGCCUCAGGUAAUUUACCCUGCAUCUGAACUGCUCAGUCGCAAGCGCUGGAGACACAGCCAGAUAUUGGCAGACCAGUUCUGGAGCAGUUAUAUGCGUAACUACCUGCCCGGACUCCAGUCUCGCCAGAAAUGGCAACAAGAGAAAGACAACUUGACAGUAGGGACAGUGGUUAUGGUUGCUGAUCCACAAUUCCCCAGGGCACUCCGGCCUGUUGGAACUGUGAAAUCUGUCCAGGUCGGAGCUGAUAAUAAAGUUAGAGCUGCAGAAAUCCAGAUCAAAGACAGAACCUACAUCAGACCUGUUGUCAGACUUAUUAAGCUCCCUUCACUUCCAGAAUGACUUCAGGCGUCAGUCACACACCUAUUGUUAGGACCCCGAUGUCUAAAGGACCCGGAUGCUGACGCAGCUUCACAGCAGAUAUGAUCGCUAUCAUUAUAACUAG